AUGGAACGCACCCCCUCAAUCGAGGAUCCCUACGACGUAUUCGCCCAACUUACAGCGGACCCCUACCUCUCCCGGCUCUCGCCCCCUCCCCCAACACCGCAUAGCGCCCGUGCACCGUCUUCCCCACCAGCAACACCAGUGGCGCAGAUACCACAAGCGUCUCGAGUACCGACCCCGCCCCUAGCAGCACAGCCAGACAGGAACCUCCACCCCUCUCACCAGCGCAGCGAAGAACACAUAUCGCCGCCAGCAGCCCAACCCAAUCCGAACUUCCUCUUCACACUGCAAACCAUCGACCCAGCUCACGCACCACAAAAUGCUAAGCGCUACCCGAAAUUCUCCUCCGCUGCCACCGCGCACACCCCCUUCUUCUCUACCAUCCGCCGCCACGUCGUCGCCAUCCUGCACUCCCGAAUCCCCCUGUCAAACGAGGACAUUGCGAACCCGAUCUUGGACCAGGCGUUUGCGGGGCCGCUGACGAUACGGGUGUGGAGGCUUGUUUAUGAGUUGGUUGAUCUGGAAGGCGUUGCUGGCAACAGGGAUAAGGAGAAUGAGGUGGAGAAGUUGAAGAGGAGGCUGGUGAGGGAGUUGGUGGGGUGUGUGGGGUGGGAAGCGGGGAUAGAUGAGGAGUGGGAGGCGGGGCGGUUGGUAGAGGGUUUAUGGCCGAGGGGUUAG